CACACUUGACAAGAGUAAAGUGCGAGAUUAUAUAUAAAGUGGGCGACUUAUUUAUAACCAUUACUGGUGUUUUUUUGUGCGCACCCACGAAGACCAAGUCCUCGUCGUAGGUUCCAACAAAUGGCCUGCCAAAUACACACCCAAUCACUGUCUAGCUACUCACUUUCUGCUACGGUACGACCGCUUUGCCUCUCUAUAGCCCGGAGUCAACCGCGAAGAGGAGAUGCGUGCGUUACACACGUUGUCGAGGAUGCUGGCAGCCCCAGCCCAGUUAAAGCCACGCGAUCCGCUGUGUUCCCAUUCAAAGGGGAUCAAACUGGAACCAGCAGCGUAAAAGUCGCUUCAUCGCGGCCACCCUCGACGCCACCAUCCCCUCCUUCCCUCAUCCACAGUCCUGUCUACGUACAAAAGGCACUUAUUAAACAACCGCAAGGCGAAGGUGCAUCCUCGGCUGCUCCUUCACCUCCCAGCAAUCAAUUGGAGCAUGCAGAGUCCUCCGGGGAGGAAGCGGAGGCGCAGGAGGGGAACAGCCUGAUAUGGGCGCUGAAGCAGGUUGACCGCAGCCUUGACGAGCUGGAGCAGCGCCCCCUGCCGCUGCAGCGGGAGCUGUACGAGCUGUCGUGCGGCCCGGUGGGCGCCGCCACCUCCUCCGCGCUGGCGGCGGCGGCCAAGGUGACGGUGGCGGCCACGCGGGAGGCGGUCAGAGCUGCGCUGCCGGUGGGGCAGUGGCUGGUGCGCGAGGGCGGCAGGGCGGCGGUGUCGCUGGUGUCGGCCGCGGUGGCGGAGGCGGCAGCCAGGCAGCUGCAGCAGCAGGGGCAGCAGGGGCGGGGGGCGCAGGGGAUGCAAGGGGGCGGGGGUGCAGGAGGGAAUACUACCAAGAUCCGUGUCAACAAGCGGGCCUAGCGGGCGGGGUAUUAGGUAAACUGAGCCGCGGGCGGGGUUGCCAGUUAGUUGGCAUGGUAGUUGGCUGGUGGGUUGUUGGGGUCCGUUGGGUAAUGCGUAGGUCAGCGGAGGCAGGCUGGGAUCGUGAGUGGCAGAGUGGAGGGCUCGUGGCCGAGGCUACACCAAACGGAGGUUGGGGAGAGGGUAUUUCAUGAGGGAGGUUGUCGCCGCAUGCUGUCCAGUGCUGUGCGCCAGCUGCCUACGAGUAUUAUGCACCCCUGAGCGUCUCUCUUUAACCUGAUCCCGGUUUUUCCUCUCUGCCAGGGCAUGUGGUGUGGCAAUGUCUUGAUCGUGCCGGCGGUAGGGGUUCGUGACCAGGCGUAAGUGUAGAGGUCGGAGAGUCACUGGCGAUUGGUGGGGCAUCACCGUCUUCCCUGCGCGAGAUAAUGUGGUGUCGUGUUUGCUAGGAGCGGCGAGGAGUGGAGCGGCGAGGCAAGGGGAGGGGCCGAGAGGGCUGAGGCCCCCGCGAGGCGGCCCCGGUUUUCUCUGAUUCUGUUGUAUACAUGCAUUUCAUGAGCGGUCUCGGUACGUGGGGGUGAUGCACCUGGUGCCGAGUACAGAUGCAACAUCGAGUGCUAUGUGUGUGUUAAGAAAACUGGCCGCGAGUACCGAUGUAAUCAUCAACGGAUAUUGAGCAGUUGAUAGGAAGUUUUGGUUUCGGUUCUUUAGUUUUGGACAGUGGGUUACGUCUUACAUGGGGUAUGAAUACAGGAUCAACAUAACAGUCAGUCGGGGUGGUGAUGCGGGGCUGCUGCACGCAUGGAGGCACGGCGGGGCGCUGCAAGCAAGGGCGCAGCACAGGGGGUUAUGUGGCGGCUGGAUAGUGGAAGCGUCUCGUGCAGGAGUAGGGUGGUUGUGGUAAGCGACGUCGUGUGUUGUUGAUGCCGCUUGCAUUGCACAGGGAGCCUUGCAUGCAGACGUGCAUGUGUGGCAAAGAAGAGGCCGAGUAGGGACGUUGCGCGUUGUCGGAAGAUGAUGGUGCACGUGCGGAUGCAAGUGAGGGCGAGUGAGUCAUUGCAGCCAGGAGUCAUGAGAGCGGAGGAGCGGGAAGUGCGUGAGUGGGUUCUAGUCCUGGGGAGUCGUUGAAUUGUUCGCAUCCAUGUUAAGGUUCGGAAAGAAAGGAUGCACGUGUUGGUCGUAUAUGCAUCUCAGGGAGCGCGCAUGUCGGGAGGCUUCACGACACUCCCUCAACCAGGAGUGAUGCCAGUCUGCCAUUCACGGCGUUCUUUUGUACGUCAUUACGUGAUUGACAUUGCUGACAUUGGGUGCCGUACAGCGUGCCGUGUACAGUACAUCGUGCCGUGUACGGUACAUCGUGCCGUGUACGGUACAGCGUUGGCGUUAUUCCUGACCAGCAGAUAUCUGAUCUCAGCAGACGUGCAGGCUGGAGGGGGGUGUACGACAAGGGCCGGGGCCCGAACGCGACAGCAUACGGAUUAGCGCGAGGACACGUGUCACCUACGGGUAUACGUGUGUUUAGACCCCCGCGCGUUGUUCAAGGCUUAGGAGGCAAGUAUUACACUGGAGGACCAACCAGAAAGGAGUCCGUACCGGCCAAUCGUUAGACGUAGCCGGGGUGGGAGGCCCGGUACGACACCGCUGCGCGAGGGGCUAACGGCAACGACCGGCAACAGAUGGGGCGCGACCCGGGGGCCACCACAUGUCGCAAUGGAUAAGAGUGUGACUGAAUAUGGCUUACAUGAAAUGUGCGUAAUGAAACUAUACUUGACCGUCACGGGUCGCCAUAUGUAGGCAACAUGUUGCAAGGUUUUGACCACAGUUGCAACCUUGUUACCCGUGACCACUGAUGCGUCUACGUAGCCGAGCAUUGAUCGCCAGGAAUGAUUAAAAGCUUUAACAUCUGAUUUUGGCUAUCGGCUUCGGGGACAGGACCGCUUACCAAUGGGAGUUCCAGGCCUUUUUGCAUUCCUAAAAAGGCGCUAUGGAGUCAUCGCAAAAUACGUUACUAAAACGGAAGAUGGCAGCUGGGAUGGAGCCGCUCCUGCGGAUGCCCUAUAUGUUGACAUGAACCACAUCAUCCACACCUGCACCCACGCCGGCCCCGCAGCUCGCGACGGCUCCCUGUUCUCCGAGGAGGCCGCCUUAGCGCGCAUGGACGAG